AUGCACGUACUCAUUGUCGGAGGCGGUCUCGGCGGGCUAAGCCUUGCCCAAUGUCUGCGAAAGCAAGGCAUUUCCUUUGAAAUCUUCGAGCGUGAUGAGAAUUCGCACUCCCGUUUCCAGGGAUGGGCUAUUGCCAUCCACAGUAUCAUUGAUCAAAUCACUGCCUCAUUCCCGUCCGAUAUGCCCAAUCUCAAGGAGGCAACGAACCAUCUAGCGCCUCUGGAUCUGCCUGCCCAGAUUGGGCUGUACUAUCCCGGCCGGGAGGGGCGAUUGGGUGUGCAGGACUCACCCGAGCUCCCAAUCAUUCGCGCUGAGCGAAGUCGCCUGCGUGAAUGGCUGUCUACCAACCUCCCUAUCCAGUGGGGCAAGCGGGUCGCUAAGAUCGAACACAAUGAUGACGGCGUGUGUGUCUUUUUCGAGGACGGCACCUCGGCGAAGGGGGAUGUUCUUGUCGGCGCCGACGGGAUUAAGAGCGUGGUUCGGGAGCAUUUGAUUCAGCGCCCCAGCGACGAGGUGCUGAAGCUGGUUCCCCUUGCCGCAAUUGUAGGCGAAUUAGACAUGUCCGGAGACGCCUUCAAGCGCCAGCUCGCUCUCGGUCACAGUGCCUACAUCUACAUCAGCCCGGACCUCGGGUUCUGGAAUUUCGGAGGAUUGCAUCAUGCGAACGCUGACGGUGUCUCCGGGCGCCACUACUGGAUGUACAUGGAGCCCGACGCCAAUGUUGCUGAGUCCGAUCACUGGCUGCAGAAGGCGAGCCAGGCCGAGAAGCAUGAGUACGUCAUGCAAAAGGUAUCAAAGCUGCCCUUGAAGUUCCGCGAGAUCUUCGAGUCGACUCCCGCCAGCGGCAUCAAGCCUGAGCCGCAUAUUUGGCGCGAUCUGGAGCUCGAGAGCCUGCCGGCUGGUCGAGUUAUUCUUAUGGGCGAUGCGGCCCAUGCGAUGACCCCCUUCCGAGGCGAAGGCGGCUACCACACGUUCAUUGAUGCUUUGGAGCUGUCCAAGAUGCUCGGGAAGGUGGAUUCCAGUGACAUCGGGGCGCUUAAGUCCGCGGUUGCCGAGUACAAUGAGGAGAUGCUCGAGCGGGGUGUCGAGGCAGUGCGCAACUCGAGGAAUGAGCAGGGCGCCAGGAAGGCUCAGGACAAGAAGUCUAAGGUGGUGUCGGCGUUGCAAGAGGCCAAGCCCAUCCCUGAGUCGGAGAUCGCUAUAGAGGUCAAAGCUUGA